UGUUCGUGAAGUGGCUGUACAGCUGUACGAUCUCAGAAACAAAAAAGAGUACCAUUCCAUUGCCGUUGGGCAUUGCCAGAACGAAAACGAUGGGAAGGUGUAGAGCAAAGAGUGACUACGAGGCUCUCAGAAAUGCACGCUUGUUAGAGAAUCAGGCUCGGUUAGCUUCUCUUGGUCUUCACAAAACAAUCUCUGAACUUCGAGACGCAACAGCAUCUGCUAAACCGAAACCUAAAAGAGCCUGGAAUAAAAGGGUUUAUGUUGUUACUCCCUUGCGUCGCUCCCAGAGAGUCAACAGAACUGACCUCAACGGAAACAGCAGCAACCUUCCACCCCGACGAUCUCAGCGUUUGAGAGGAAGUAUAACCGACCCUUCGUCUCCAAAAGAAGAGAAGGUAGAUGUAUCUGAAGAGGAGGGAGAGUGUGUUCCAUUUGGAUCAGAAGAGAAGAGGCCGGCGAAUGCACCGUUGAUUAAACUAAAGGGUGCAGAACUUCAACUCUCUGCUGAGUCUUCGGCUGUGCGCUGCAAUAGCAAGGGUAGAGGCAGUGUAUACAACCCUGUGUUUGGCAUAUGCUGCCAUUUCUGCAGGUGUUUUCUAACCUUCAUUACAUUAAUAAGUAGACCAUGACAAUAUGACAUUCUUAAUAGUUAUCAUGUCAAGCCAACUGAUUAAUAACAUUGUAGGUUUCUGCAUCUGUUUUUGGUUGCUUUUUUCCAAAGUUGGCAUGUAUGUCAUGGAGUUUCUUAAGCAGCCAUUGCACACACAUGAUCUAUGGAUCAUAAUCACAACUGGCGAGAUUCAAUGAUAAAAUGUAUAAAUUUACUGUGGUGAAAUGGAAUGGAUCAAUUAAGUGGUGAAUCUAGCUCCUGCUAUGCUAUCGAGCCAUUCUAGUUUGAAUUGGAAUGAGGACACUGCAAUGCAAUGCACGCAAAAGAAAUUAUGUGGUGAAGAAGACUGCAAAAGAUGUGGCAAUUUUGAUGUGAACGAGCCGUGCCUAGGAAAGACUGACUGUUCAGUAUGUCACUCUAGUACUGGUGUUUUCUGCAGAGCUUGCCUCAAGGUUCGAUAUGGUGAAGGUAAGUACCAAGUGGCUUAGCUAAAUACAAGUUUAACAAAUAGAUGAGGGAAACAAAUUAAGAAUUCAUCGAAAUAAUAAUACUGGUGUCUGAUUUAUCAGAUGGCCCCAAGUUAUGUGAAAAUUCAUCUUACCGUUUUCCACUUAUGUAGCUAUGACAGCUAUCGAGAUUUUGUUUGAUGCUAAGAGUAGUGCUAGUUUUCCCCGUA